AUGAAAAAAUCGAAAUACGAAAGCUUAUGGGAAUCUCCUAAACAUGAUAAAACAUUUUCUGAUGCAAUUGGUGUGAGUUUAGAUUUGUUAAUUGACACCACUGAUGACCAAAUAUCUUGUCAAUCUACUCGUCUUGGAGUUAAAAUAUUUAAAGCUAUAAUGAAUGUAAGAAAGAGUUUUUUAAUGAAAGAAAAAUUAAAAGAACUUGAUCUCAAAGAGAUUAAAGAAGAAGAAGAUGAAAUGAGUGAAGAUGACAUACAGAAUGAAUCCAUCGGCAUUGAUCAUCAACAAAUGUCAGAAGAAGAAGAAGAAAUAAGUGAAGAUGGCAUACAGAAUGAAUCCAUGGGCAUUGAUCAUCAACAAGUGUCAGAAACAUUAGAAAAACAUAAAAAAUCUUCUGUCAUUGAAAUUUCAGAGAGUGAGUCUGAUGUUACUGAGAUGAAUGAUGAUCAGAUGUCCAACAACUCUACUUACUCACUUGGAUAUGAUGAAGAAGUUGAAGAAUAUUCAACGAUGGACGAGAAUCAAAUGUUAUUGUCUAAUGACAAUAACAAAUUGAAGUGUACUUCAUCAGCUGUAAUUUUAUCAGAACAAAACAUACAACAGGUUGAUACAGGUGGUGUUAAAAGAAAACUAAUGGACAAUGACAGUAAUUUACUAACAACACAAAACAAACGACUAUGUGUUGUUGAAACAUCAAUCAACCAACAGUCUGGACCAAGCAGUACUAGUGCUCCAAAAAAUUACGCAUUAAAAGAAAAAACUUUAUAUAAAAGUUUGCAUAAUGAACAAAAUGCAUGGAAACCAACAGCACGUUUGCAAAUAAAUGACAUAACACCUGAUUAUGAAACAAAAGCACUCUAUAAAAAAGUACAGUGUAUAUUGAAUCAACUAACAGCAGAAAACAUGGAUAAAUUGACUCAAGAAGUUAAAGACUUGAAUAUCAAUACACGUGAAAGAUUACAAGGUGUUGUUAAUUUAAUAUUUGACAAAGCUAUCAAUGAACCCAAUUCCACAGCAAUAUAUACAGUAAUGUGUAAAAAAUUAGCAGACAUGCAAGUUGAUAUGAAACAAGAAAAUGAAAAAAGUUUUCAUAUUUUAUUAUUAGCACAUUGUCGACAUGAGUUUAAAAAUACUACUAUUGAUAAAUAUGCACGUGAUGCUAAACUCAAAGAAAUUAGAAAAUGUAAUGAUAUUGAGAAGAAGAAAAAACUAAUAUCAUCACUUAUUGAUGCUGAUCGUCCUUUAACUGGGAAAGCAGUUGGUAAUAUAAGAUUUAUUGGUGAAUUAUUUAAACAAGAUAUGCUUAAAACUUCCAUUAUUGAUAGAUAUAUAAAAGAUUUAUUGACACCAGUUGAUUACAAUAUUGAAUGUCUUUGUAAAUUAUUAACAACAAUUGGUGCAAAACUAGAAAAAUCAAUGAAUAAUAAUUUUGAUUACUAUUUUAAUCGAAUGUCUUCAUUAGCCAGUAAUGAAAAACUAAGCUCAAGAGUCAGAUAUAUGCUUCAAGAGGUCAUUGAUUUAAGAGCAAACUACUGGGAACCAAAAAGAGACAAAAAUAACACAAUAAAACAUAUUAAUGAAGAACGUGCACCAUCAAAAAAAGAUGAUAAAAAUAUUGAAGGUGUACUUAAAAUGAAAGCAACUAACAAUGACAGUAGUUUACCAACAGAAAUAAACAAACAACCAUAUGCCAUUGCAACAUCAACUCCAAACCAACAGACACCAAUUCAAUUACCUGGGUACUCGUGCAGUUAUUCUUACAGAAAUUUCUAUUGAUGAUAAUCUAGAAUGGUUAUAUGUAUUGACCGAUGUUAAGAAUCCCCCAGGUUUUGCGUAUGAUAUAUUUGAAGAACUCGGUGCUUUUUAUGUAUGGCAUAAUGGAACUGCAACUUCAUCUGAGUUAAUAGGACAUGAUGAAGCUAAAUGGAAUCCUCUGAGUCAAUCAUUCUGGAUUAAGUUCCAAAACCGUGAUGAUUAAGAUACAGAAAUAGGUAUCUGCAGGCAUCAGAAAAAAAAAAUUCUGAAACAGUGAAUGAUAAAUACUACUAGUAUUUAUCAAGUACAAAUGAAUUCAGAAUAAAAAUUCAAUCUAAAA